AUGGACAUGUCGGACGCAAAGUACGCCAACAUCAAGUUCGAGGACCACGAUGACCGGAGCAGCACCGAGGUCGAGGAGUCGCUCCUCGGCACCGACGACAAGGCGUGCCGCCGCUGCAUGGCCAAGGACUACCACGACCAGCCGGCGAGGAGGAAGAACAGGUGCCUGGCGAUGCUCAACUCGUCGCGGUGGUUUGUCGACACGAUACUGCUGGUUGUGAUCCUGGGCCUGCUGGUGAGGGAGCAGAUGCAGAAGCCGCCGGUGAAUACGUGGGACUUUGGCGGGGACUUAACUGGUGUUAGCGGGCAUUUCUCCCAGCAGAUCAAGACGUUCACGCCGGAUUACGAGGGCAAGUACGCGCCCAACGACACGUCAAAAUUCUUCACGGAUGAGACGUUGAACAACUGGAACGAGUUGAUGCCUUAUGGCAUGGGCUUCCAGUGGGUGAAUGACACGCACAAGUACCACGACCUGCCGACCCCCAUCGUCUGGCCCGAGAAGACCGUCUUCACCACCUCCAUCACCCACCAGCUGCACUGCUUGUUCGCUGUCGUCCAGACUUACUCUGGUAUCAAGUCCGGCCACGAGAUUCCCGACGACCAUCACUGGCACAUGAUUCACUGCUUCUCCUACCUUAGACAGACCAUCAUGUGCAGCGCCGACAUGGCUCUUGAGGGUCUCGAGACGACCUUCCCGGAUCACAAUGGUGGUUCCGACGGUUGGGACUCGAAGCAUGUGUGCAAGGAUUACAACCAGGUCAAGAACUACUUGGAGAGCGUCAGGGCGUACGACGACAGAGAGAUCUUUUAA